UCAGUUUUUGACAUCUGUCAUCUGGACAGUCACGUGAUCUACCAUGCCGUAAUGUGGCAGAGAAACUAUAAAACGAAAUGCGGUUAGAAAAAUUUCUAAGCAAAUAAUACCUCGUUACUCACACCUCGACAUUUACUGAUAUUGGUUAAUUACAAAAACUGUCCUCGUCAAACUGUAUAGCAGCAAAAUGGAACGCUCGACGAAUUCUAUCUCGGACGACUACACAGAGAUUGUCAGAAGGCUACCGUUCCGAUUGCGCUUAGCCUACGGUGUGGGCCAUGUAAUGAACGAUAUCUGCGCCUCCAUGUGGUUCACGUAUAUUUUGGUAUUUUUUCACUCCGUCCUUAAGUUCAGUCCUUCGUUAUCCGGAAUAGUAAUGCUGAUCGGUCAGGUAGCCGAUGCACUGGCAACGCCCUUUGUCGGUUUGCAAUCCGAUAGAAAUGACGAGUUCUGGUUGUGUCGUUACGGAAAGAGAAAAACUUGGCAUUUGUUGGGUACCAUCUGCGUGGUUUUUUCCUUUCCGUUCAUCUUCUCGCCGUGCAUAAAUUGCGAGGGAUCUCAUCAGUGGGCGCAAUUAGUUUAUUACGCCGGUUUUGUUAUCAUAUUUCAAUUCGGCUGGGCUGCCGUUCAAAUAUCGCAUCUUUCUUUGAUUCCCGAUCUGACCCCAUCCGAACACGAGAGAACAGAACUUACGGCAAUUAGGUAUAGUUUUACCGUAUGCUCAAAUGUACUUGUUUAUUGCAUUACUUGGGCAGUCCUGCAUAUAACGAGUGACGCCGCUUCAGAUUCUCAGAUCGGACCAAAAGAUGCGCCUCAUUUUCAAACCGUGGUAUUGAUCGGAUUGGCAGUUGGCGCUUGUGCGUCGAUAAUAUUUCAUUUUUGUGUAAAAGAACGAGGAACCAGCGAUACGACGGGACCUCGACAACGCAACGCAAGAUCUGUUGGUACUUUACUGAUGGAUAUUCAGUUCUACAAAGUAGCCGGCGUCUACAUGCCCACAAGACUGUUUGUAAAUUUGUCACAAGUUUAUAUACCAUUGUAUUUACAUGAAUAUUUAAAAAUGGUGGCAACGUCGCUGGCUGUUGUACCGUUAACGAUGUUUCUCAGCAGUUUCAUAACUUCCUUAAUAAUCGAAAGAUUGAACACAAAACUUGGAAGAAAAGUAUCUUAUUUCAUCGGAGUAUUGCUUGGAUUAAGUGCGUGUCUCUGGAUUCGACUAGGAAACGGCAAAAUGUAUACCACGUACGAAAUAUAUCCAGUCUCCAUGCUGCUUGGUGCCAGUGGCUCGGUUAUGCUCGUCACUAGUCUUGGUGUCACUGCCGAUUUAAUCGGCCAGAGUUCGGACAGCGGAGCAUUCGUUUAUGGAGCAAUGAGCUUUACUGAUAAAUUGAGCAACGGCUUGGCUGUGAUGGCGAUUCAAUCAUUGAAGUGCUUGUCCGACUGCCCAGCUUAUUACAGGGACGUUCUCAUCUACGCAUGUGGUGGCUCUGCUGUCUUCGGUCUAGUCAUGGUACUCUUGAUCAAGCCCUUUGUUUAUGAUAAUGAUUACAAAACUUUGGUGAUACCAGAGACGAUGAACCCUGAGAUCAGAGAGGAUUGAUGGUAAAUAAAUGCAUUAGGAAGUCGCGUCUGAACGUGGGAUAUAUUCUUAAAUUAAUUCUUCUUAAAAUUAAAAGUGCUUGGUACCCGUGAGAGUAUCAAAAAUGAACCUCCUCUACUGAGUUACAUUCGGCAUACUUGGUGAGCCGACAACGUCAAUUAUAUCCGCCUUAACUUCUGGUUCAACUUUUGGCAGUAGAGAUGGCGGAAUCGUCAGGGUCUACGAAAAUUGGAACAAAUAUAAUAAUGUUGAUAAUGCUAAGUUUCAAACACAUCAAAGUAGUCUCAAGCGACGUAGAAACGAUUAGGUACUUGUAUCUAAAUUCAUCCUCACCUUGCCAGGAGCUAGAGCCUCGUACUGAUGUCUCAAGGACUGUAGUUCAUAGUCACACGUAGCUAACGCACCCCUGAGUUCGUAAUGCAGCACAAUAUCACUACGCAGUUCGUUGAAUUGUUGACAUAUCUGUUCGGUUGGAGGUGGAUUCAAUUCUGUGAUAGCCGGAAGGAAAAAAGAGAAAUGUCAAAUGUUGUAUUUAUGUACAUAUGAAAUAAUAAUUUGUUUUCAGUUGAUGAUAA